ACGUCACGUGAUAGCCACGCGAAGUCUCAUUGGCUAAAUUCGUAAUCCCGGUAGCGAACUAACCAAUGAUACGGUUCUCCCUUUGAAACGUACAAGCGAGCGCGUGAGGUGUUCGUUUUGCCAACGCGGCGUUGACUAGGCAGUUGUUUAGUGUUUGCACGUACAAAAAAGGGGGAUUUGAAUCGUAAUUGGUGUUCACGCUAUCAGGUCUUCUUAUUCAAAAAUGGGCAAAGGUGACAAUAAGCCCCGUGGCAGAAUGUCUGCUUAUGCUUUCUUCGUUCAGACAUGCCGUGAGGAACAUAAAAAGAAGCAUCCUAAUGAAAAUGUCGUUUUUGCCGAAUUUUCCAAAAAAUGUGCCGAAAGGUGGAAGACAAUGUCCGAGAAGGAAAAGCAGCGUUUCCAUCAGAUGGCCGAAAAGGAUAAAAAGAGAUACGAGUCCGAAAUGGCAAAUUAUAAACCAGUAAAGGGAGAAAAAACCAAGAAGCGUAAACGUACUAAAGAUCCAAAUGCUCCCAAAAGGGCCUUAUCAGCUUUCUUUUGGUUUUGUAAUGAUGAACGUCCAAAAGCAAAGGAAAGUUUACCAGAUGCUCCUGUUGGUGAAAUUGCCAAAGAACUUGGUAGACGGUGGAACGAAGUUACAGAUGAAACCAAGGCAAAAUAUGAAGCUCUCGCUGCUAAAGAUAAAGCCAGAUAUGAAAAGGAAGUAAAGGCUUAUAAGGGAAAGAAGGCUAAGGCAGGUGGUGGUGCUAAGGCUGGAGGAGCCAAAAAGAAAGAUGAAUCGGACGAGGAGGAGGAAGAAUCCCCAGAAGAGGAGGAAGAAGUAGUAGAAGAGGACGAUGUAGAUGAAGAGGAGGAAGAGGAAGAGGACGAUGAGUGAAGCAUCUGUGGUUCACAGUGUUGUUAGCAUUGAAGUUGGCCAAAGGACACUAUUAUUGCUGUCCUUAACUCCCUGUUCAUAGUUCUAUGAUACUUCAUGUAGGGGAUUUUUGGAGUAGGUUUGUUACCCUGUGUAUCAUGUCAUCAUGUCAUUAAUUUUCAGCUCAUCAAGUGAACAUGCUUAUGUACUUAGGCGUGAAUUCAGAGAUAUGUUGAAAAUCCUCUUCAUGUAGAUGGUUUACCUGGAAAAAGUGUAAAAAUUUUGCAUUUUUCUCCUAAUAUGCUUCUCUGUAGCAAUCAUUUUAUUAAAAAAAUUUUUUUGAAUGUUUGGUAGACUUCACUGCUUAACAGCUCGGUGAUUGCUACAGACAAGCUAAAGUCAUCACACAUGCCUAAGUAAACAUUUAUUCAUUUUGUUUUUGAAUUAUUGCUCAUUGAGUUCAUCACAUUUGGGGCUGCUGUUUGUUACCUCAUUUAAAUAUUUCUUAAUAUCUUGUAAUUUUUCAUAAUGUAUAAUAUAAACAAGCAGCAAAGUUUGUCACCAUGGUACAGUUAGAACAAUUGAAGAGACUAUAUACAUAUAUAUAUAUAUAAAUAUAUAAAAUAUAUUUAACAAGGAAACAAGUGCUUUUUCCUUGUCAGUGUUCAUAUUCUAUUGUUUUUCUGAUGUAUUAAGUAUUACAACAGCUAGUUUUUCAUAUAAAUUUAUAAACAUUGACGAAAGCCAAAAUAUUGACUCGUACAAAAAAAACCAGUUAAAGAAAAAAGAUAUAUAUUGUUAACUUGUCAAUAUUUUGUCCGUUUUUCUGUGAAAUUUUUGGAAUUGUUAAAAGAUGAAUUUCUACUGUUAAGUUAAAAAAAAAAAUCACCACUUUAAUAGAACUGUGCCUUUCAAUUGUUCCAAUCAUUUCCUGAACAUGGAGACUAUGCCCCAUGAAGUUUACUUUUUUAUUUUUUCGUUUUCUGUAAAGUUUUAAAAAAGAAGAAAAAAGAAAAGUUGUUUAGUGAACAGUUGUUUUAAUGUGCUGUCGUGACUUUUGUAUUUUCUGAGCUGAAAUAAACUAAAUGGAACUUGGAA